AUGUGGAAGAUUCCUACUUACAAUAGAUACAAGUUGAAUACAGAUGGUAGUGCUAUACCUAAUCCGGGGAAAAUUGGAGGGGGAGGCAUUUUAAGAGAUGAUCAAGGGAGUAUGGUAUAUGCCUUUGCAGUACCUCUUGGUCAAGGGACUAAUAAUCAGGUUGAGAUUCAGGCUGCAAGGACUAAUAAUCAGGCUGAGAUUCAGGCUGCAGUUUUUGGCUUAAAUUGGUGUAUACAACAUGGUUAUAAUAGUAUUAUCUUAGAGGUUGAUUCUGAAUUAUUGACUAAGUGGUUUUUGCAGGGAGGCAAACGGUACAGCUGA